AUGAGUGCCCAUGACGCCUCCAAUGAGGGAGCUAAUGUUGAAUCAAGCGAGGGCGCUAUAUUUAGAUCCCUCCAACAGAUCAUGGAUAGAUUGGCACGUCUAGAAGAAAAUAGACCUCCUGUGCCCCCCGAACUUCACCCUAGAGAACCUCUAGCUCAUACUAGGCCGAACCGAGGCCCCGAACCCGAAUCCCUUAGCGAUGGCGAGAGUGAUGUAGGGCCACGACCUAGACCAAGAGAGAGGGUUGUCGAGGAGAUAACCGAUCGUGAGGAGUACCCUAGACGUAGAGCCCCUAGAACGAGAGAGAGAGAAGUCAGGGAAGUCAUUGAAAGGAGAUAUCCUCCUAGACGUAGAGGCCAUAGGCCACGGCUUCGAAUUUCCGACGAGGAAUCGGAAUACGACGAUCCACCACUUAGACCCCUUAGACCGAGAGGUAGGUUCCAUGAGGAAGGAUCUGAUGCUAGUGAACUACCAAGACCUCGGGAGCACCCUCGUCCUAGAGUUAGGCCACCUAGAUGGGCCGAUGUUGUCGAGGAAGAAGAAGAGCAUCCGGAGGCAUACUUAGACUGGGAACGACGCAUGGAUAACAUUUUUGAGUGUUAUUCAUAUUCGGACCGUAAGAAAGUACAAUAUGCGGCUGCCCAAUUAGCCGAGUGUGCCCUAACAUGGUGGGAUCGUGAGGUAAAUGAGAGAAGGCGUGCUCACAUAGAGCCGAUCAGAACAUGGAGAGAAAUGAAAGUAUUAAUGCGUAAGCGAUACGUUCCUCCACAUUUCCACCGAGAACUUCAGCGUAAGUAUAGGCGAAUCUCACAAGGUGCUAAGACGGUGGAAGAAUUCUUUGAAGAAUUCGAGCACCUUAGGAGUCGGUUGGAAUUAGAUGAGGAUGAGGAGGCGGUGAUGGCCCAAUUUCUUGAUGGACUUAAUGAGCGUAUUGCUCGGAAGGUCGAGCGCCAUCCAUACCGUGAUCUCCAUGAGCUUCUGCACUUAGCCGUGCAAAUCGAAAAACAAAACCAGAGGAAACAAACCCGGCUAAGUAAACUCAAAAACCCUCCUAGUCUCUCCUCGCCCAUAGCCAAAACACCGGCCAUAACCCGAAAGGAACCCUCUGAGAACCGUAGCAACCGUGAUUACCGGGAGAAAGGAAAAUGUAAUACCCCGAUUCUCGAAUAA